CCCGAAGGUACCGACUUUCGACUGACGCUUGAAGGCACUCCUGUCCAUUCUGGCUCAAGUGACAGGGGGCAGCAGAUUUGCGAACUUAGUGAGCGGUCAACGCACCCGGUAGUGGAUAGUGUGCCCAAGCGUUCUUCUUAUUUAGUAAAUCUGGAAGAACUGCAGAGCUCUAACAUAGAGCAUUAUUCGCCCGGAGCCGUAGUACUUGUCACAAAUUCUGAACUAGUUGAUCCUUUGCAACAACAACAACUAUCUUCCAAUCCGGCAUCUGAGCUGCAGCAGCAACAACAGCCACCGACCUACGUUCUGGUGCCAGCUAGCGCACUAAUGCCGGCCUCUGGGCUCGUUUCCUCCCCUGUAUCUGUGACUGCCAAACCAAUUUCAAAACCCACAUUAAGAGUUAUCAAUUCUUUACCCACAGGCAAGACUUGA